UUCUGUCGAAAAUUAUGUUCCAUGCGAGCCCGGAUUUUGUUUUGUUUUGGACUUGACUUUGUAAAGAUUAGGCCUUCAAUCUCAACAACAAAUACUUCCUCAGCCCAACAAAAACCUCUAUGGCAAUAUGUGCUUUAUUUGAAAAGCAACGGUCUCUUUUCGUACAAUAUUCUAGUUUUUGAAAUUUGAGUCUGCGUUCUCUGGAUUAAACUUGCUCGGUGUUGUACCAGUGUAUUGUUUAUUGUCCUGGAAGGCAAAUAGACAAUCAUGGAGGUUAAAGAAGAAAAUGAGACUAUCAAAUCAGCUGUAAUUGAGAUAACAUCUUCACUGUCUCCAGAUGGGACUCCCAUCAGACCCAUAUUUUGUUUGAACAAAACAAACACGGAAAACAUUAGCAAGUUUGAUGAGAUUGAGGAUUGCUUUAUCCUUGAUUUCGACCCUUCUCAUAUUGACACUUCUCUUCACCGUAUCUCCACCCUCUCUGUCUCCUCCUUCACUGAUGAUGAUGGUGGUGUCGAUGACCUCUCUGUUGUUGCUGAAAAAGGCCAGGUGGCUUGUAGGGAUUAUCCACACUCGAGGCAUCUUUGUAUUAAAUACCCUUUUGAUAAAACCCCACAUGAGAGCUAUUGUGAACUGUGUUAUUGCUAUGUUUGUGAUUGUGCUACUCCAUGUAAGGACUGGAAGGGUUCUAAAUCACCUCAUUGCAAUGCUUCAGAGAAAGUUGGUGAUUGGAAGGAACAAAGGAGGCUGAAGAGAAAGGAAGAGAUCAAACUUCCAAAGUCAUAGGCUUUCUGGUUUUGCUAAUGGUAUCUGACACUUACAUUGUAAAAUCUGAUCCUUUUGAUGUCAAUUAGUCAAAUUCAUGCUUAGAAUUUGACGUGUUGCUGCUAGGUACUAGUUGGCAGUAUGUUGAAUGCCGUAAUUUAAAGAUGCAAAUGUGAUACUAUUGUCUGUAAUUUUUUGCUAGAGGGUGGUAACGAAGUGGUCAGAGGCCAUAUGCUAUUCUAAAUCCAUUCUGUAAUCGUCUUAACUUUUCUCUAAAUUGCCUCAACCCUUACUCGUGUUUAGAGAGAGUUCAUCAUAGUACUUAAACGGACCCUUUUCAAUUUC